GCGAGUAGCAUUGGUAUUGUCACAAGCGAAUGGCAGCUCGCAGGUUCGUUGUUUAUCACGUUCGUCAGCUCAACGCAUGACGAAAUCGAACAUCCGUUGUGCUACAGUUACUACAACAGUGAAUAUGGAGGAACACAAACAACGGCUAGUGCAGCUGGAUGCCACGAAACGGGAAAUUGAGAACAAAAUUUCUGCUCAAAAGGCUAUCUUAGAUGCCAACAACAUAGGUAUGGACGAACCGCUGAUUGAUAGUCAGGGUUUUCCGCGAUCAGAUAUCGACGUUUAUAAGGUUCGCCAUGCAAGGCACAAUAUUAUUUGCCUUAUGAAUGACCACAAAGCCAUUAUGCGCGAAAUUGAGACCGCCUUGCACCGUUUUCAUGGGAGUGUACCCUCUGCAAGUGCAAAUCACGCCACGUCUUCAGUUGGACAUGGGCUAGCAGGUACCUCGGGAACAGAGAAGCCUUUUGCCGUCAUCACUGAUGUCGAAGAAGGAUCGCCCGCACAGCUAGCAGGAUUGCGGUCGGAUGACUUGAUCGUAAAGUUUGGAUCGGUUAACGGUGAAAACUUCAAGAACGUCAAUGACAUUGCCGCAGUUGUGCGCCAUAGCGUGGGCAAGCCGCUGAACAUUUCUGUGAAACGACGAAGUAACAUACUGCCAGUCGUACUUACACCGAAGCCGUGGGCUGGCAAAGGGAUGUUGGGCUUUAAAUUCAAUUCCCUUUGAGUGUCAUUAUCCGGUUGCUUUGAAUAGAAGCAACCUUCUUUUUCCUGGAAACAGGCAGGAAGGAUUUCCUCGAUUUUCCUCGUUGUACAGGAGUUCCGUAGCCGACUUACUGUUUGUUGCUGUGCACAGACAUGGUGCAGUGAAUCGCAGUGAAAAUUCAGCGGAAAGGGUGACAUGGUGGCAUGGACAUGUUCGCAGAAAGAAUGUACUGCAAGCAUUCUGAAAAUUGCAUUGAAGUUUGUUUCUGAGGGGUCUAGCCUUUAAGAUACUUGUGCCUUGUUUGUCUCUUUCUUUUCUCUCCUACGUGUUAUAGUUUGACGCAGAUUUUGCAACAAAAGUAGUGUCACAAGGAAUGAUUUAAGCAUAAAGAAGUGAAACUCUUCAAACGACUGAAGCAACAGGACUGCCUUUUUUUUUACUAUUUAUUAUCACACACGUUCGCGUGUCAGGCUCACGUCUUCAGAAGUCUAUGGAAAAUUCUUGUUCGCGUGCCACGCAGAAUAUCUUUGGGAGGCAGUUUCUGGCAUGUUUGCUUUUCUCUAGGGAGCAACACAGUUUUUGGAGGACUCAAAUGAGCCAUAGACUUUUAACGAAUUAAGAUUUCUCGGGUCCUUAAUACAUUAGCAUUGUACGAGGCCGAUAACAACUGUGCUUCUCUCUAUGCACACGGCUUUUAUAUCUGUACCAAAUUUGCUUCAUUUCCUAAAGCUCUAGCCAAGGAAUCUAAUAAAGUGAAAAAUUCAGCUUGA